CUGCGGGUUUCCCUGUGCUACUGCAGUGAAACCGACGGUAAAGGAGAGAGAGGAUCUAGUUAAAAAAGUAAACAAGAACCUGAAUAUCACGAGCGCCGUGUUUUGUAAUAGCGAAACCCCCUUUUUAUAUAGUUUUUUUCCCCAUUCCGUUCACAUCUCCGGGUCAACCCAUUUCGUCAUCCAACCGGCAAUAUGGGAAAUGAGGCAAGUUACCCCCUGGAAAUGUGCUCGCAUUUCGAUGCUGAUGAGAUUAAGCGUCUGGGAAAGAGGUUUAAGAAACUGGACCUAGAUAACUCUGGAUCCCUUAGCGUGGAGGAGUUCAUGUCCCUGCCAGAACUUCAGCAGAACCCUCUGGUUCAGAGGGUCAUCGACAUCUUCGACACCGAUGGAAACGGAGAGGUGGACUUCAAGGAAUUCAUUGAGGGAGUCUCACAAUUCAGUGUCAAGGGGGACAAGGAAUCAAAGCUUCGGUUUGCCUUCCGGAUCUACGACAUGGACAAGGAUGGCUACAUCUCCAACGGGGAGCUCUUCCAGGUGCUGAAGAUGAUGGUAGGAAACAACCUGAAGGACACACAGCUCCAGCAGAUCGUGGACAAGACCAUCAUCAACGCAGACAAGGACGGAGACGGCAGGAUAUCCUUCGAAGAGUUCUGCUUAGUGGUGGGUGGCCUUGACAUACACAAAAAGAUGGUGGUAGACGUGUGAGCCUGUCCCUCCGCUCCUCUCCCUCCCUCGCUUUCUUCUCCAUCGGUCUCUGAAGAUCUGCUCAAGACGUCUGGCAAACACUUUGUGUAUUUCAAUGGAAGUAUUCUCUCUCCCCGUGAAGCCACUUUUUUUUUCUAAACAAGCCACAAGCUUCGCGAAGCCAAUUUAGUUGUGUUAUUGAACUCCGAUCCUCUCAAUAACCUGAAGGACAGCUAUUCUCGUUUGUAAGAGCAUCCCAGUUUGAGGGAGGGAGGGGAAAGGUUGGCUUGAUUAUAUUUUGUUUUGUAAUGUUAUUUUUUAAAUAUUUAUUUUUGUUCUGGUCUCUUUUUUUUUAUAGACAAGUAUAUCUAUAAUGUUUAUUUUGUGGGGAAAUGUGUCGUUAUCUGAGGUGUUGCGUUUAAAUAAUAUACUUGAUUUCGGUUACAAUUCAAAACGUAGGGUAUAAAGUGCCAACCAGGACAUAUCGUAUUGUUAUUAUUAAGUAUCCACCAUUGCUGUCAGUGAUGGGCUGGUCUGUGAUGAGUCAAACACUCACUGCAUGAUCACUAAUGGUUAGAUGCAAAUUUCAUUUUCAAAAAUAAACAGCAGUUUCUUUUGCACUAUUUGACUCUUGAACAGGUUGGAUUAAACCAUUUGACUCUUGAGCAGGUUGGAUUAGAUCAAUUAAGCCAUUUGACUCUUGAUCAAGUUGGAUUAGAUAAAUUAAACCAUUUGACUCUUGAGCAGGUUGGAUUAGAUAAAUUAAACCACUUGACUCUUGAGCAGGUUGGAUUAGAUCAAUUAAGUUUCUGAUCACAUUAAAUAUACAAUACCUGUUGGAAGCUUAGAGUGAUAGGAUGUUUUAUUUAUAUAUGUUUAUACUUUGAGAUUAUUAUUCUAAACGUAGAGAUAGAUGCCAAGAAAGUGAUGUCUUUGCAUACUUAUUUGUAUUUUACUUUAACGACACGUUUUCACGUUAAACCAUAUGACAAUCCCCCAAUGUAAAUGGGCGGCAGGUAGCCUAGCAGUCAGAGGCGAGCCAGCAACCGGAGGGUUGCUAGUUUGAAUCCCGGGUCUGACGGGAAAGAUCUGGAGGGAAGUGAGCUGGUAACCAGAGGGUUGCUGCUGGUGUCAAAUCCUAGAUGGCAUAACCUGCCGUUGUACCCUUGAGCAAGACCCUUAAUCCCCCCCACAGCAACUGCUCCACGGGCAUCGUAGUAUGGCAGAGUCCCCUGCUCUAACCUCUGUGUGUGUGUGUCUUGGGAUUAAGUCAAAUGUUCCGUUGGACCUUGUGUACAAUUGAAUGAAUUAAAGGAUAUUAUUGUACAGCUUGAUCACUCAAGUUGGGAAAAAAACUCUUAACAUGGACCAUCUAUGUAUUUGUAUUUUAUUAAAUUUUGAACUGAGGAAUAUCCUAAAAUAUCGAGAUGAGAAAGAUUUAAUGAAUGUCAGUGAGUUAUCGAGACUCAACUGCAGGCAGCAUAUUAACUGUAUAUUAGGUCAAUGUUUGCUCAUCUCAGUAGAGGCUGCAGCAGGCAAUGUUAAAACAGCCCAUGAAUAGUGCAGUUAGAAUACAGGGUUCUUUCUAAUGCAACAAUGGAGUUACUCAUAAACUUUUGACAUGAUAAAUGGGAAUACUGUACAUUAGAAAGGGAAGAUUUAAGAACCUAUCACGAUCGCUUCACCGGUCCUCUCCCUACGUGGUAUUCACAGUAGGAAGAAUGACAUAAGUUUAACCAAACCGCAAUUUAAGGUGAAAUGGGCAUCCCGAGAAAAUAAUUGUAACAAAAUGGCGGCGGGUUGCAUUUUAAUGAUUCGAUAGUUGGUUUGGAAACCAUUGUUUUUAGUGAGACGUCUCAAAUGCCUCCCUGCUCCCUAUAUAGUGUACUACUUUUUAACCAGGGCCCAAUGCUCAGGUCAAAAUAAGUUCAUAUAGGGCACUGUACAAGUGGCUUUGCUUGGGCCUCCUAUGUUUGCAUGAUGAUUUUCCUUGUGCAUGUAGAUGAUCCAUUUAAAUAAUCCUCGUUAAACACGUGAAUGGUGAGGUCAGUAAUAAUGAUAUUUAAUAAUCUACUGGGAAACAAAUGGAUUUUGUCCAACUUUGUUAAAUGUUCACAUUAUGAGCAGUAAUCCAAACAAACUGGAACUACACGUUAACUUUGUAUUCCCCCCCCCCCCCCCCCCCCCCCCCGAUCAGUGAGAUGAUGCUUCUGGUCCCAAAGGCAACCGCCACUCACUGUACUCUGCACUGUUUUGUAUAGAAGCUUUCCUUUCCGUCAUCUAUAUAGUUCAGACUUUAGUUCUGCAAGUACUACUUUCUCUGAAGGGGACUCGGUGCUUUUUAGUUUGUGUGGAAACUGAAACGGUUAAGUUUGACUAAUAGUUAUUUUCCCCUUUCUCUGCAUGCUGCGGGACUGUUGGAAACUUGAUAUUGUAUGAAAAAAAUAAACACACUUUGAAACAUUUUAA